GAGUCAGCACAAUUUAAAUUCAAUAGCACACAACAAGCAGAAAGAAACAAUACCUGUAAUUAUGUGCAUGCCAUUUUAUUCAAAAUGCAUGUAAUUUCUUAUGCUUUCAUGAAGAAUAUAGCGCUUUGUCAACACAACGACUACCACAAUUCUGAAACAUUUCAUCUUCAAGAGCCAGCAAUGUACAGGACACAGGAGAUUUCGGACUAUGGAUGCAUCGGUAACCAAACAAUAUCGGCGUUCAUUUACCUAGACGAGACUCAGCUCAAAACAGUAGUCAGUUGUGAAACAGGGUAUCUCGCCACUUUUCCAAAAUGUGGUAAUGGAAGCUAUCGAAAGACAAUAACACUUCAGGCACAAGAAGAGUUAAACAGUAUCCAUGGUCCAUUUGUUAUGACUAAAGAUGUUAUAGGACACAGAUCCCUCCUCUCAAUAACGUGCUACACGACGACUGGAACAUUCCAUGCAGAAACUUCUAAGCAUAUUAGGUGGUGCAUAAGAACAGUAAAAGACAAACACUUUAAAAUCCUUCCUUUGCAAGAGGAACCGAAUGAGGAAAUAUUCAAGACAUCUUUUGGAAUAAAUUCAAGAGCAGUGUUCUUUAUCAAUUGUCAAAAAACGUUAAAAAUGUAGAAAUCGUCUGCCAAACCAAUUUUUCAAGUGAGUGUGGAUCUGGAACCAUUACAGGAAAGGUUUUCCUAAACAAUGACACACACGAUUACAAUUGGAAAGUUAGCUCAAUUCGAAGUUCAACACAAUUUUUUUUGGAAUUGUUGGAAUGGUUAUAGGGGGAACACUAAUCUUUUUGACAGUUUUGAUUUUUGUGAAAAUCUGGAACAAGGGCGGUAACAGGGAU